AUGGCGUGGUCAAAGUCGACGCGGAUCAGCAUCAUGCUGGCCAUCGAUGUCGUCUUCUUUCUGGUCGAGCUGAUUGUUGGUUUGAUUGUCAAGUCGCUGGCCCUGACUGCCGAUGCCUUCCACAUGCUCAACGACAUCAUUUCCCUCUGUGUCGGACUCUGGGCUGUCGCCGUGGCAAGGAAGGCCACCACCGAUAAAUAUUCGUAUGGCUGGUUGCGAGCUGAGAUCCUCGGCGCCUUUUUCAACGCCGUCUUCCUCAUCGCCCUCUGCGUCUCCAUCAUCCUCGAGGCCAUUACCCGAUUUUUUGACCCUCCCGAAAUCGACAACCCCGUUCUCAUUCUCGUUGUCGGUGCAUUUGGCCUUGCCUCCAACCUCGUCGGCUUCUUCGUCCUCGGCGGCCACGGCCACUCCCAUGGCGGCGGUGGCCACGAUCACGAUCACGGUGAUGGCGAGCACGACCACGGACAUGAUCACCCCCACUCUGCAGAGCACGCCGCCGAGGAAGGCCGCGCCCACGUCUCACACGCUACCGAUAACGACGGCGGCAAUAUCGGCGAUAUCCUCCCCGAAGCCAUCGUAGCCAGAGCCAGCGCCGGUGCCAACCCCGAGACGCCUCGUCGUAUUCGCUUCGACGGAGAGUCCGAUCCUUCGGGCCGCGCCCAGAGCCGCACAUCGGCCACUUCCAAGAGCCAAAGCCGGAGAAACAGCUCGCGAAAUCACUCGCGUCUCACUAGCAUUGAGGACAUCAGCAUCUACCCUUCCAGCUUCCGCCAGGAAAUCAUCGACGCCAGCCGGCCUCAGCUUGACGGACAGGAAUCGACCACAAGCGAGAGCGAAGUUGAGGAGACUGUCAUCGACGACGACGAACCCAACGAGGAGUCCCCUCUGCUGAAGUCCAAGGCCAAUGAUCACUCCUACGUGAUUGAGAACUCCCGCGGCCGAUCCGCCCACAAGCACUCGAGACGCGAAUCCAGUCUUCACGUCGAUCACAACCAUAACAAGGAGCGCAAGAAGGCCAGUGGCGGCCACGGUCAUGAUCACGGCGACAUGGGAAUGAACGCCAUGGUUCUCCACGUCAUUGGUGACGCUCUUGGCAACGUCGGUGUGAUUGUCACCGCUCUCAUCAUCUGGCUGACCGAUUGGGAGGGCCGUUUCUACGCCGAUCCCGCAGUUUCUCUGUUCAUCACUCUCAUUAUCUUAAAGUCCGCCAUACCCCUCACCAAGGCGACCUCCAAGGUCCUUCUCCAGGCUACCCCCGACAACAUUGAUCUCCAAGAGAUCCGCGAGGAUAUCGAGCAACUGGAAGGUGUCCUGAGCUGCCACCACGUUCACGUCUGGCAACUCUCCGACACCAAGAUCGUCGCCUCCCUACACGUCCAUGUCAACUUCCCGAUCUCCGCCGAGGGUGGUGAGAGAUACAUGCAGCUUGCAAAGUCGGCCCGCCGGUGUCUCCACGGCUUUGGCAUCCACGCAGCCACCAUCCAACCCGAAUUCCGCGGCGACGACGAGCACCACAAUGUCACCGAGGACGACCACAUUGCUCAGUAUGAUGGCACUGCUACUGUCGGCUCGCCGAAGCAGGCUUGCCUGCUGCAGUGCGUGGACGAUUGCGAAGCCGGCGGCUGCUGCACCGAGUCGACGGCUGCCGGCAGUCUGCGCAGCCAGUCUACCCACAGCCAUGAUGGCCACGGACACGAUCACGACCACAGCAACGGCCACAGCAACGGCCAUAGCAACGGCCAUAGCCACGACCAUGGACAUUCCCAUUAA